AUGAGGUUGACGACGGCAUUAUGUGGAAGCGCACCAAACAUCUUCACCCAAAAUGCCGCGAUCAACUACGGGGUCCGCGCCACCGGUAUUCUCUCAACCGCUCCUAUCAACCUAGAAGACUCUGUUCCGUAUAGGACGGUGGUUACUCAAGACCCAGCGAUCCACGGGCAUAAGAACUCCCUCACGGUCGAGGAAUCACGUCGGAUGCUCCCUGAUUCACCAGCACGCGGCGGAAAGGAACGUCCCCCAAUUGCGAUCACUGGUAUGGCCUUGCGACUUCCUGGUGGGAUGAGCUCCGCGGAGGACUCCUGGAAAUUCCUGGAAAUUCCUGCCGCUGGACGACCCGGCAAUGCGCAACUUCUUCGGAUUUAG